AUGGAACAAUCGAUAGUGUUCACAUGUCAACACUGUAAACAUACUUUAAAGAUAGACGAAUCCCUCACUGAUCUUAACACGACUUCAAUCGACCUUUUACUUGCGCCACUCCAAGAAGAAGGCAUACGUUUUUCAGAGACAACAAUAGACGAUCAAAGAUUCGAAAGAGGAACGCUGAGAAAAAGUUCAAAACAAGAUACUGAACAAAAUGGAAUUCAGGCAGCAGGCAGGCAUUCAAUAUCGUCAAGAAAUCAAGCAACUCUUCGACCACCUAAUGGAAUAAUCAGCAAUAAAGAAUCAUUUUUGGCACCAUCGGAAUCAUAUGUAGUGUUAUCACGGUCACAGGUGUAUCCCCCACAAAAUGUUCAAUUAUCAUCAGAACGUGGCAACAAUGAUAUGAAUGUGGAUGACAGACAAAGGGCUAGUAUCAGCUAUCGUCUCAAAGUUGCAAACCGUCUCUUCGAUAUCAUGUCAUCCAAGUCAGAAAUAAAUCAUCCUAUGUGUCAAGAAUGUACGGAUAUGCUUCAAGAUAGUUUGGGAAAGCAACUAAUGGAUGCUUCCCGAGAACGAGAUUGCUACAUAGAUUUCCUAAAAAAAGUUAAUGUUAACCUGAUAAGUGAUGAAGAACAAAAGGAGCUGCAAAAGGGGAUCGAAGAGGCAACUGCUGUUCGACAAUUAGAAGAAAUUGAACGUGAACGUGAUAAAAUGAAAGAGGAGUUAGCUGCAUUGGAAAAGGAAGCAGAAGAACUUGACAAGCUUGAAGAAAGUUAUUGGCAGGAAUUCAAUGAUUUUCACAUUCAACUCCAAACAUUCCAAAAUGAAAGAGAUAGUGUCAAUUUGAAAUACGAUCAUGACGCCAGGCAACUUGAAAGGCUCCAAAGGACCAACGUAUAUAACGACACAUUUUGCAUCGGGCACGAUGGUCAUUUUGGCACGAUCAAUGGUUUUAGGCUAGGUCGUCUUCCAAAUCAAACGGUCGAUUGGAGUGAGAUCAAUGCUGCUUGGGGGCAAACACUUUUAUUGCUUGCUACUAUUGCUAAUAAACUCAAUUUUACAUUCAAAACGUAUCGGUUAGUCCCCUUGGGGUCAUUCUCAAGGAUUGAAAAAAUCGACGAAGAAAAUACGUCUUAUGGGCUAUACGGUUCCGGAGACAUUGCAUUGGGAAGGUUAUUUAUGAAUCGUCGUUUUGACCAAUCUAUGGUGUGCUUCUUAAACUGCUUACAACAGUUGGGUGACUAUGCAGAGAGACAAGAUCAAAAUCUUAAAUUACCAUAUCGAAUCAACAAGGAUAAAAUUGGUGACGCUUCGAUAAAAUUACAGUUCAAUCAAGAUGAAACAUGGACAAAAGCUCUCAAAUAUACUUUGACAAAUGCUAA